CAGCCUUUCAGUUCUUUCUUCAUCACUCUAGCCUCACCGCAAAAGAAAAAAAGGUUAAUCAAUACUUUUCUUGUGAUCAUCACCAAAAAAAAAAAACACACACACACAAAUUGAUCCAAGGCUAAUUUAAAAUCUUUCUUUCAACCAUGAAGAUAAAGAUAAUGAGCAAAACACAUGUGAAACCAACAAAGCCAGUACUAGGGAAGAAACAAUUCCUCCUCACCACGUUUGAUCUUCCUUACCUUGCUUUCUACUACAAUCAGAAGUUUCUCCUCUACAAGUUCGAGAACCUUCUAGAUCUUGAGGAAGCCACUUUCACAAACGAUGUCGUGGAGAAGCUCAAAGAUGGUUUGGGUUUGGUUCUUGAAGACUUCUAUCAGCUCGCCGGUAAGCUGGCCAAGGACGACGAAGGAGUCUUCCGUGUUGAGUACGACGCCGACGACACAGAGAUUAACGGCGUAGAGUUCUCGGUAGCUCAUGCUGAUGAAGUCACAAUCGAUGAUCUGACGGCUGAGGACGGAACGGCUAUGUUCAAGGACUUGGUUCCUUACAAUGCGAUCUUGAACUUGGAAGGACUUAGCAGACCUCUCCUUUCAGUGCAGGUGACUAAGCUUAAAGAUGGAAUUGCGAUGGGCCUAGCUUUUAACCACGCAGUUUUAGACGGAACUGCCACAUGGCACUUCAUGAGCUCAUGGGCCGAGAUUUGUCGCGGAGCCCAAUCCAUCUCAACACAACCUUUCCUCGACCGAGCGAAAGCGCGUAACACGCGCGUGAAGCUCGACCUCACUGCUCCAAAGGACCCCAACGCAACCUCCAACGGAGACGACGCGGCUACUCCCGCGGCGGAACCGGCGAAGCUGGUGGAGAAGAUCUUCAGGUUCUCGGACUCUGCUGUCCGCACGAUCAAGUCAAGAGCCAAUUCGGUAAUCCCAUCCGACGGUUCGAAACCAUUCUCAACGUUCCAGUCACUCACUUCCCACAUCUGGCGCCACGUCACCUUAGCGCGUGGGCUCAAACCCGAGGAGAUAACGGUCUUCACCGUCUUCGCCGACUGUCGCCGCCGUGUCGAUCCUCCGAUGCCGGAAGAAUACUUCGGAAACUUGAUCCAGGCGAUCUUCACCGGAACCGCGGCGGGACUACUGGCGGCGCACGGGCCGGAGUUCGGAGCAUCGGUGAUCCAAAAGGCGGUCGUGGCACACGACGCGAGUGCGAUAGACGCGCGUAACGACGAGUGGGAGAAAUCGCCGAAGAUAUUUCAGUUCAAAGACGCCGGAGUGAACUGCGUGGCGGUGGGGAGCUCGCCGAGGUUUAAGGUUUACGAAGUUGAUUUCGGUUGGGGAAAACCGGAAACGGUUAGGAGCGGGUCGAACAACCGGUUUAAUGGGAUGAUGUAUUUGUACCAAGGCAAAGCUGGUGGUAUAAGUAUCGAUGUGGAGAUUACUCUUGAAGCUUCGGUUAUGGAGAAGCUUGAGAAGAGCAAAGAGUUUUUAUUGAGUGAGGAGCUGAGCAAUAGCAUUGGCAAUGGCAAUGGUAACGGGGUUGCUGUUUGAAUGUGUUUUUUUUUUAGUUUUAUUAAGGUUAAUUAGUUUAAUUAAUCAAAAACUCCAGAUUUUUGGUUAAUUUAGCUAAUUAAUUUUUUUCAUUAAGGAGUGAAAAGCCUUGUGGGUUAUGAAGUAUCAAGUAUGGUAAUAAUUUGCGCUUGUGGUGUUGAUAAUAAUCAGCAAGGAUGCUGCCGUUGUGGUAUUUGUAUGAUUAUGUUUGUAGUGUUUGGUUUGGAGUUGUCGUAUUUGGACCAUGGGUUUUAAAGUGAUUUUGUGUUAUCAACUUCAUGAACUUGUAAUAUGUCUUUAACAUAGUCAUUAGAUCCUCUCAA